CUACAUGGCUGUAGAAAACCUAAGGAUCAAUUUCUUACAGUGACACUGAUGAAUACUUCCAAAGCUGACAUACUGAUUGCUCUUCAAAUGUUGUGUGCAAUUUUUCAAUGAUAUAAAACAGAAAAGACGGUCAUGUUUAAAAAAUGUCUCGGACCUGUUUGUGAUGGGAGGAGCUCUUGUUCUAGAAUCGGCAGCUCUUUUGCACUGGCUAGAGAGAGAAGGCUAUGGACCACUGGGGAUGACUGGAAUAUCCAUGGGAGGACAUAUGGCUUCACUGGCAGUGACAAACUGGCCUAAACCAUUGCCAUUGAUUCCAUGUCUUUCCUGGUCAACAGCUUCUGCUGUCUUCACUACGGGUGUGUUGAGCAAGGCAGUGAACUGGAGAGAACUAGAAAAACAGUAUUUUACACAAACUGUUUAUGAGGAAGAAAUCAUUCAAAUGCUCGAAUAUUGUGGAACAGAUUCUUUCAAGAUGGGACAAGAUUUCGUUAAAAACUUCCCCGACAGUGUAGAUAGUCUAGAGGACAUAGACCUGACUUCUAGAAUGUUCAACCUUGAUUCCUUGAACAAAACUCUCUCUAAAGAAGCUAGUCACUGCUUUACCACAAAUAAAAGUGCCUCAUCAGAAAGACUCUUAAUACAAGAUGCUCCUAAAAUGAAAUGCAUAAAUCAAACAUUUUCAACCAGUAGCAAUAGCAAUAAAAACUUAACCAGCGAACAAGGACACAAGAUCAAUGAAAGAAGUAAGAGUGACACUUUACAGAGAGAAUCACUGCGCUUCAUGAAAGGAGUUAUGGAUGAAUGUACCCACGUAGCCAACUUCUCGGAACUACAGAAUUCCACUAAGGUUAUAAAAGCGGGCAAACCUAGGACAAGGAAAUGCAGCAAGGCUGGUGAUUUCAAUGAUAUCACAAACUGGCCAACACCAAGUGAAAUAGCAAACAGUGAAAGUAAGACCAUAAACCACAGUAAGAAGCCAAUAAAUAGAAAAGAAAAGGAGGAGAAAUCUGAUAAAAAAAGCAAUAAUGAAAUCAAAGACAACCCGGAGGCAAAGCCAGAUGGUCCAGCAGACGAUAUUAGUGAAGAUGAAGCUCAAACUAAUAACCAAAGGAAAAAAGGUAGCAAGCAGAAAUGGGUGCCACUUAAUUUGGAUGAUGUAAAGCCAGAUAGUCAAGAGAGACCGGGCUCUCGGACUAGCUCAAGAUCUCAGCCGGAAACAAACAAGUUAAUAAUAUCUCAUAACAACAGACGUAAUGAGAUGAGAAAUUGGCGUCGUGAUAGAGACAAGAGAGAUGAUCAUGAUGAAGUGUGCAGCGUGAGAAGUGAGGGUGGCAGUGUUCGAGGAUUCUCUAGAGGCAGAGGACGAGGUCGAGGAAGAGGAAGAGGACGAGGCAGAGGAAACCCCAGAAUGAACUUUGAAUAUUCAGUUGGUUAUCAGGAACUACAUGGUGAAAGAAAUGACCAACCAUUUCAACCUGAGCUUAACGCUAGUAUGAUGUAUUACUACGAUGAUGGAACAGGAGUGCAGAUGUAUUCUGUGGAUGAAGCACUUCUCAAAGAAUAUAUUAAACGUCAAAUUGAGUACUAUUUCAGCACAGAAAAUUUGGAAAGAGACUUCUUUCUGAGGAGAAAGAUGGACCAACAAGGAUUUUUGCCCGUUUCAUUGAUUGCUGGCUUCCAUCGGGUGCAAGCUUUGACUACAAAUGCUACGCUCAUUUUGGAGGCCCUACAGGACAGUACAGAAGUUGAAAUUGUGGAUCAGAAGAUAAGGAGAAGGAUUGAUCCAGAAAAGUGGCCAAUUCCAGGUCCUCCUCCACGUAAUCUGCCACAGACUGACUUUUCUCAGCUUAUCAAUUGCCCAGAAUUCAUACCAGGCCAAAUUUUUGGCUCGCAUGCUGAGUCUGCACCAAGUUCUCCAAGAAUGGGGAGCCCACUGAGUCCAAAGGAAAACACUGACAAAAGUAAUUUUCAGACAAUGUCUAAAGGAUUGUCUACAAGUUUGCCUGAUUUGGACUCUGAACCUUGGAUAGAAGUGAAAAAGAGGCAUCGUCCAUGCGCGGUCAAACCAAAGGAAUGUGUUCCUACACCUGAUCAAACAUCAAAUCAACAACAGCCACCCCCACCUUUAGAAGAACAAGAACAAGAGGAACUUGAUUUUUUGUUUGAUGAAGAGAUGGAACAAAUUCAAGGUCGUAAGAAUAAAUUUACUGAUUGGUCAGACAGCGAUUCAGAUUAUGAAAUUGAUGAUCAGGACAUAAACAAGAUUUUGAUUGUAACACAGACACCACCAUAUAUGCGAAAACAUCCUGGUGGCGAUCGUACUGGCAGCCAUGUAUCCCGUGCAAAAAUUACAUCAGAACUUGCUAAAGUUAUUAAUGAUGGUUUAUACUAUUAUGAACAGGAUUUGUGGACGGAGCAGAGUGAAAAUGAUACUACUAUGAAGCAAGAGAUUGAAAACUUUAAGAAACUAAAUCUCAUUAGUAAGGAAGAAUUUGAUAAUCUUGCACCUGAGCCAAUUGCUGAUCCAACCCAAGAAGUUACUCCAGUGACCUCAAAGUUACAGAAAGAUGAGCAGGCUUGUAAACUGGUUGGUGUUGAAGUACCUCCAACAGCAACAAUGGCUCGAUCAUUGCCAGCAGCAGUUCCAGGCUCUCCCCACGUUCACCCCGUGUUCACCCCACGGACACCUCGCACCCCACGGUUACAGGAUCCCAGCAAAACGCCAAGGUUCUAUCCUGUUGUUAAAGAGGCAAGAUCCAUUGACGUAAAGACUCCAAGAAAAAGAAAAACACGACACAGUACAAACCCGCCAUUAGAAUGUCAUGUUGGUUGGGUGAUGGAUUCCAGAGACCACAGGCCAAGAACUUCCUCUGUGAGCAGUUCCAACGCUUCGCCUUCGGAAAUAGCUCCAUUAGCAGGAGGUUACGAAUGUACCCCAAAUUCUCUUCCAAAGUUUCAGCAUCCUUCCCAUGAACUGUUAAAGGAAAAUGGCUUUACGCAGCAGGUGUACCACAAAUAUCAUCGAAGAUGCCUAAUGGAGAGGAAACGGUUGGGGAUUGGCCAGUCCCAAGAAAUGAACACACUUUUUCGUUUCUGGUCUUUUUUUCUCAGAGAUCACUUUAAUAAGAAGAUGUAUGAAGAAUUCAGACAGCUUGCUCUGGAUGAUGCAAAAGAACACUACAGGUAUGGAUUGGAAUGCUUGUUUAGAUUUUACAGCUAUGGCCUAGAGAAGAAAUUCAGGCAAGAAAUCUUCAAGGAUUUCCAAGAAGAAACAAAGAAGGACUAUGAAGCUGGUCAGCUAUAUGGACUGGAAAAAUUUUGGGCUUAUCUAAAAUACUCUCAAUACAAGACUCCAGCCAUUGAUCCCAAACUACAAGAAUACCUUAAUAAAUUCAAGAAACUGGAGGACUUCAGAGUUGAUCCUCCUAUUAGUGAAGAAUGUGGCAGAAAGAGACUCUCUGCUGCAACAGGUGAGGAUGUGGGUCAUCGCAGACAUCAGUCUAAUUCUUCUUCUAAAAUGCUUCUUGCAGCUAAACCCAUGGCUGCCCAUCAGUCCCACGUGCUGGGAAAUGUUACCUGUGGGAAUACCAUACAAGAGCCCAUUGCCAGCCUAGGUCAGAACAGCCUCGCCACAAAAUCAAUAGAAAGUGACACACCAGAGAAAUAGACUUAAGACGAGCUGGUGCCCUUGCGAAUCAACUUUUACAUCAUUAUUUUAAUGUGGAGAUCUUCAAGGGGCACCAAUCUAAUCUGUGAUUAAAAAUGUCUAGGAAGACAAAGGAUUGCAUUUUUCUCUUUCACAAGAUUAAGUUUCAAAACACUUACCUUGGGAGGGUUGUUCUUGGUUUUGGGAUCAUCACAAAGAUCCUAGGGAAGAUUCUUUGGCUUCAAUAUUGCUUUCCUCAAGCUUCUGUUUACAAAAACUGCAUUCCUUACAUAUGCAAAAAAUACUUUGGGGAUGCCUUACGUUUCAGCUCAUGUUUCUUAAAAAAGGUAUGAUACAUCCAUGUUAUUUACUGUGCUUUCUUUACCCAUAUUUUCCCAUUAUUUGUAUUUUAUCAAAGCCAAAAAGAUUAUAUAUAUAUAUAUAUAUAUAUAUAAAAUUUUAAAUGUAAAGGAAGGAUCUAUGUGAUUGGUUUGCUUCUGAAUAAGUAACUUUAAAAAGUACGUAUCUUUUGUGUAAAAGCAUACAAGAACGUGCAGCUAUAUAAAACUGCAUUUCUGGAUUCUAUUUAAAGACAUAGUUUCUAUUUUUUUUUUUUUUUUAGGGCCUCCAUAGUUAGUAUUUUGUUAAGUAUGUAGUUUGAGUGGACAUAACUGGGAUAGUUUUACGGACACUUCCUUCAGUACUGGUUCUUAAUAUGAACGUAAGCAACAGUAAAAUACAGGGGAAAAUGGAUCUGUUGAUUGUGUACUCUUUUAAAUUAACACACAGUAUCUGCAGUUUGUUCAGGUUGCUGAAAUAGCAAACAAUUCAGUUUCAGAGGUUUCUUGAUUUGAAUUUUCUUAUGGUUGUAAAGUACUCUAACAGGAGAGGUAUAACUUCCUAAAAGAUUUUUUUCCCCUGUUUUGACUAAUAAAAUUUAGUUUGGAGGGAAACAAACUAUUCCUUUUAAACUUGUAUUUUUGCUUUAUUUUGCAAGAUUUAAAUGAUGUUCUACUUUUAAAUUGCUCUAGCUAAGAGUAAAUAAUUUCAAACAGGUCUAAAAAUAAUUUCACUGAAUGUAAGUUAUUUGAAUACAAAUUUAUUUCUGUUUGUAUCUUGUAAUUUCUUAUUAACUUCAUUACUUUGAUUUAGAAAACUCAAAAGAACUGAAUGCAUAAAUUAUCUCUUCCAAAGGUAGGUAAGAAAAAUAAAUUCAGCUUUUUGUUAUUAGUUAACUGCAGAAAAGCCUUCAGUUAACUGUAAAGUUAACUUACCAGAAGUUAUAUCUAACACCAAUGCCUUAAUCCUCAAAGGUGUCCUAACUGACUGAACAUCCAUAUACAGAGUUCUAAAUUUGUAUCAGAUUUCAGAAGUUGUUAUAAAUCAAGUCCAUUAACUUUUCAGUCAUUGUCUCGUGAAUCUCAAUGGAACAAAUUAUGAAUGUUUGCGUUGUAAAUGAACAUAUAUUAGCAGUGGCCUUCCCAGUUGUUAGUACAGUUUCAAUUAAAAAAAAAAAGAGCCUUUUAGGAAUGGCCUAUUCAAACAGAAAAUGAACUAACACAUACAAAUGUUUUAAGUAGCAUCUUUUAAAGGUGCUGAUGUCAUGCAUCUCAAUCCUGUAUUUGAUCCAUGUUCUUACUAUCCAAGAAAAUGAUGCAAAUGUAAAUUUGGAUUGAAAUUGUAUAUACAAGUAAUAGACCUAAAAUACUUCCUUUCACUUUUUCUUUGAAACAUGUGCAUAUUUAGCUUUGUGUGUGUGUAAUUUUGUGGUAUCUUUACAAAUUUUAUAAAAAUACAAAAAAAAACCCUCUAAUAGUGUCAUCAGGUUAAUUUUUUGAAGUGUGAAGAAGAAAACCUGGUAAGAGUCUACAGCUGCAGGCUUGUAUGUGAACUUCUGUUCCCUCUGGUGCAUUAGGGAAGCUGGUGGUUUAAAGACUGAAGUGGGUUCUUGGAAUGUGAGACAGCUUUCUUUGUUCGAUACUGAUUUUUCAUGAGACUGGGUAUUUUUCAAAGCAAAAUCUGACAAAUGGAUGAAUAUGGCUAUAGGCAAAAGGCAUGGAUAGCUUCCCUGCUGUCUGUCUUGUUAUCAGACUUCUACAGGGUAGUUGCUUAAAUAGCGUCCUUUUAUUUAGGUGGAUAAAAUCACCUAAGCCUGUUUGCAGCUCUGGCUAGCUUUAUGAGUAUCCCUCUCAACUUACCAAGGGCCUGAUGUUGCUCCCUCCCUCCUUGCUGCCCUUGCAUUCAUUAGAUGAAAACAUCUAAUUUCAGAAUAAAACCAAAAGGUUUUGCUGACCAACAAACUGGUUUCACAUGGCUCCAAGUGGUUACACACCUUGCAGUAUCUGGCAUAGCUGCUGAAGGGCUAUAAAUUUGUCUUUGAAGGUGCAUAUAAAAAGUGUCCAGCAUUGUUUCUGGUGUCUUUAUGUCCAUUGAAUGCAACCUUCAAUUUUUAUCUCUUAGAAUACAGCCAAUCUUAAGAGUAGUCUAUUCCUAAAUAUUUAGCAAGCUUUUAGACAUGUCUAAAAAUUCUUCUGGGCUCUUAAGGAAUUUAGUUCGGGUUUGUCAUUUCUCUUUCUUCUGCUAAGAAAUGACUGUACUAAUUUUUCAAAACCGUACCAUGCCUAAAAUUUACUCAUUAGGAUUUUUUUUUAGUUAUGCUCAGAAUACUGUGUUUUAAAGGCUUUUUAGGGAGAGAAGCAAAGAAUUGAGACCUCUUGUUCUUGAUGGAGACCCAUUUUUUCCUAUAAUGAGCAGCAGUACCCCAUCUGCAUUGUGACUGAUGCUCCCCCAGUUUAAUGGGUGUUGGGGCUUCUGUGGGUGAUACACCUUGGAGUGUUUAUCCAUAUUCUGUGAGAAGGCACUAGAAUAAACAAGAACCAGUCAGUAUUCAUAGCAACCUGUACUGUGCACAGACUUUCCUUCAGGCACCACUGCUGUACUCUGAGCUGACAAACUACCCUGUCUUUCAGACUGAGCAAGAGACUAAAUGUUAGCUGAAGUUCUUUUACUGAGAAAUCCCACAGCCGUGCGCUGCCUGAAUUCUUAAAAGCUUCUUAAAAGUUCUUUGCUGUCUUCAUCCUAGAGUGUGCGUAGGGGGGAAACAGUGUAAGCUGUACUUUCACAAAUUCCACUAUAGAACUUCAGCACAAUUACAGAAAAUGUGUGGAAAUGCAGCAAACAAAAAAGCAGCCAAUGCCCCUGCCCUGUAAUGGAACUACAGCUUUUAUUUUUUUAAGGUAUUAUUAUAUGACCUAAGUAAUAAACUUCAGAGUGAAAGUUAAAUAGCAAUGGCAUAACAUUUUAAGAAAAUCUAAGCACCCAAGUCAGGUUACCUGUUCUAAGGUAACAUCUUGAAUUUAUACCUUCAAAGCUGAUGAGGAGAUUUGUUUGGCUCCCCCCCAUGAAAAAGUAUCAUGCCUUCAAACACCUACAAACAAAGGACAGUGAUUUCACUCCUGUUUUUGAAAUGCCAGUUAGUCAAGAGAAAUGAGUUUUUAUUGGAACGGUAAUUGAAUGCUUGUGGUCAAGUGUGACAAAUCCAGGCUUGCCACCAGAACUUUACACCUCCAGAAGGCUUUAUUCUUAGAUGCUUACAUGAUAUAUUUUGCCCAGAUACCUAAAAAACUUGACAGGUCAGUAAAAUAUUGCCACCUUCUGUUACAGAAAAAUAUACAAACAUAGAAGAAUCCAAAAGAGAAAGGGGGAGGGACACUUACGCUUUUUGUUGUUGUUGUUCAGGGUUUGGGGGGUUUGGGUUUUUUUUUUUUUUUUUUUUUUUU